AUGUGUUGUAUGAGAAUUAGAUUUCGACGAAAUCGAAAGGCACGUUACCAAAUAAAAUCCUUUCUAUUUUUAUGCCAGAAUUUGGGUGAGAAUAAAAGUACGUACCCAGAUCGAAGCGGGUACAUCGGAUGGGUGCGGGUGUUGUCUUCUCCUCAGCCACAUCCACACCCACACCUACCCUCAACUCCAUCUGAAACUAAAACCAGCUUGAUAUUCUACGUUACUUUUCCUCAAAAAUUUCAACAGACGCCUAAAGUUAUUGUUGCACUGGAAACCAUAGACACCUCCGCAAUUAGAUUCUGGUUCUGUUCGAGUUGGAUUGAUGGCGGAAAAUGUUACGCCUUAUGGAUUUAA